GACCCGAGGCUCCGACCACGUUUUCUGACUACACCACUACGGAUCGCCCGCUGCUCUCACUACACGUGAUAACCUUCAAGGACGCAACGUUUGUGACGAUUACGUACCCGCACAGCGUCACAGACGGGAUGGGGCGCAAGGAGCUUGUUGAAAACUGGUGCCGUGUCCUAGUGGGCAAAAAGGAAGACGUCAAACCCCUGGCAGACCCGACUUUCGACCCCAUGGCGAAAAUCGCGCAAUCAGAGAAGCAACGAUACAACGAGACGUUUCUUUGGGAGCACAAGCGAUUACGAGGUUGGGGCAAGCUGCGCUUCACCUUCAAUCUCCUGUGGUACCUCCUCACGAACCGCAUCCGCCAAAGGAACCUAUUCAUCCCGGCUGCGACCCUCCGGUCCCUCCGCCAGCGUGCCGAAGCCGAAAUCUCUCAGUCUCCCGAGGCAGCGACCCGCCUGAGUGACAGCGACAUUCUCACGGCCUGGCUCGUCCGCUUGGCCUGCUCCCACAUCACAUCCCCCGCCAAGCCGAUCGCGGUAUCCACCGCCCUUGACCUCCGCGGCCGCCUGCACGAGGAAGACAUGGCCACCGACGUGGCCUACGUGUCCAAUCUCGUGGCGUAUAACUGGACGAGCACGACGGCUCUGGAGUUUCUGCACGGCCCGUUCGGAAAGGCCGCCGCGCUCAUCCGGGACUCGGUCCGGUCGCAGCUCGCAGACGCCCAGGUCUACGCCUCGACGAAGCUGACGUACAAGGCCGUCGCGGAAAGCGGGAGCACGAACCAGUUCACAGAGCCGAACGGCUUCGUCGUUUCCGUAUCGAAUGUUUCCAAGGCGAGGUUUCAUGAGGUCAUUGACUUCAGCCCUGCUAUCGUCAGGACGGAAGGGGGAGAUGCGGAGGAGAGGAUGACGCCGAGGGGCAGGAUCGUCUGGCAGUGCAAUACCCCCCGGAUGCGGAUACACCCGCCCUGUCUAGUUUACAUACAGGGGAAAGAUCAUGCUGGCAACUACCUAGCGCAGAUGCUCGUCGCCGAGAAGACAUGGCGGGUCAUCGAGGAGACGAUUAGCAAGAUGUGAGAA